UCCAAGAUGCCACCAGACGAAGCUAUCGAAGAACUCGUCACGAAAAUCUUUAAUUAUGAUCUUUGUAGCAGCAAUGCCACAGAAGUCACAGAAGUCAUCUGCCAUUCUAAACGGGUUCUAACAGACUUUUGUAGUAAAUUUAAUUAUAAAGUUAAUACAAAAGUCAAGGAAUUCAAAGAAAUAAGAAGAAGGGAAGGGAAUAUAGCUGCGCCAACAAGGAUGGAUAUCGAAAAAUUUAUGUCAGUUAAAGCCGUUGAACGAAUAUUAAACAGAUACUUAAAGCAAUAA